CCUCAACUUACUUCGGUACCACUAUGCAUGGUUGUUUCAACGCUAAGCAAUACCCUGUCCGAGUCAGCCAAUCGCUCCAGCAGGCAAGCGAGUCGAUGGUCUGUUCCAACUCCGUUUUGGGGUUCAGCCUCAGCUGCCUAGCAAGGAAUAGCAUCUAGAUUUACGUCAAUGUCGAUAUAUAAUCAUCGUAGGCUGUCCAGCCUUGUCGCGCCAGUUUCCGUCUGAUCUUCUUUUAUUCUUGUCACAGAAGAGCUGAAAACGAUGAAGCCACAGGAGGAUGAGUUGACAACCUUCUCCGGGUUCGGGAGUUGGAUGUCGACCUUCACACCUCAGCCUGCUCCAGGGUACGAUGGAUACGAUCAGAGGAAUAACCACCAGCAACACAAUAUUCACGAGUUGGACAAUCACUACCAUGAUUACCACGAACUAGACGCAGGUUCAGCGACCAACGCGCAAAGAAAGCAUCACCUGUCCGAAUUGCCAGACCAUCACCGGGUACCACCGCGCUACCCACCACAACCCGUCCCAGCACCUACACCUCCUCCUGCUCCUUUGCCAUAUCCAAUUUACAAUCCUACACCUGCUCCUGCUCCUUUGCCAUAUCCAAUUUACAAUCCUGAACCUUCUCCAGCCCCGCUUCCUUAUCCCAUCUACAACCCGAGCCCCGAGCCAAGACCGCUUCCAGUAGUGAACAAGAGGAAAGACCUGGAGGCUAAGAAGAUUGUGAUUGUAGAUGUACCGGAUCCUCUUUCUCGGGUUGAAGUCAGAGGUCUGCAGAAAGCAGGUCAGAAGGGCACAUUCACAGAAGUUGUGUCGUUAUCGAGCUUUGGCUUUCUGGGCGAUAUUGCGGAGAAACUUCGAGCUUGUGGUAAGUCGUGUAAACUGAUCAGCAAGUGCUUACCAUACCUUGCUGAUCGACUGAAUAGGGUAUAGAAUCCCACUCGGCUUCGCGACAGAAACUAAUCGUGCACAACCACUAUCUGUCGCUAUAGGCCUCAAAGAAGCUCCAUGGCCUAUCCUCAUCACUCUUGGUAAAUCCUGCUAUGACCCCGAAAUCGGGUUGCGUAUCCACAUCGAUGAACCUUUCUCGGUAUUCUUAGCACACAUCCAACUCUCUGU